AUGGAUGCCGUGGACCACUGGCCUCUGAAAACCAAGUGCGAGAGAUGCGAUACGAGGUUCGUAUCUCAGGAAGCCGCCAACCACCAUAUGGAUACCUUAGGGCACUGGGCUCCGAAAUCUGCUUGCGAAACCUGCAAUCAGCAUUUCGUGUCUCAGCAAGCUGCUACCCAGCACAUGAGCUCACCGAAACACCCGGUCCCGAAACAUGCCUGCCAGAUCUGCAAUCAGCGAUUCGUGUCUCAGCAAGCUGCUGCCCAGCACAUGAGCUCACUGAAACACCGGGCUCCGAAUUAUGCGUGCGGGACCUGCAAUCAGCAUUUCGUAUCUCAGCAAGCUGCUGACCAGCACAUGAGCGCUGUCGGACAUUGCCCCGUGAGCUAUAAGUGCGAGCAGUGCGAUUCGAGGUUCGGGUCUCAGCAGGCUGCCGACAAGCACAUGAGCAAACUCGGACACUGCGCACCUAAGUUCAAAUGCGAGACGUGUUCCCGAUUUUUCUUCUCUCAGGUCUCAGUGGAAAGCCACAUGGACGCCAUGGACCAUUGGGCUCUAAAAUACGGGUGUGAGACUUGCAAUAAGAAGUUCGGAUCUGAGCGACUUGCCAAUGAGCACAUGGACGCACUUGAGCACUGGCCCUCUCCUGAAUUUAAAUGUGAGGCGUGUGACCGAUGUUAUGCAUCCCAGGAGGCAGUACUUCAACACAUGGCUGUCGCGGGCCACUGGGGCCCAAAAGUCCAGUGCGAGACGUGCGACCGUUCCUUCUACUCUGAAGAUUCUGCGAAAAGCCACAUGAAGAGUUCUGGCCACGGCGUGCAGAACGACAAAGCACAGAAUGACGAGUCGGGCAUUCAGGUGGGCCGGGUUUGCCAGGGCAAGGCCGAGGUACAUACCAAAGUCCAUGGUAAAUGUGAUAAAAGAAUCAACGAGGAGCAGGCAAAAGUGUCUCGUGAGCCAUCCCCCAACCUGCGCUCCGAAAAUAUGGAUGAUCAAGAAUGUGUGAACACUCUUGGUACAGACGAUAGCGCAUCUAUUCGCGACAAAGCACCUCGCCAAGCCCCACCUCGGGGCAACGCAAACAUUGAUGAGGAUGUUGCUGGAUCCGCGGCAGGCACUGGUUCUCCGCCGGACCUUACAUGCCCUUUCUGCGAAUGCAUUUAUGAAAAGGCCAGUGCUUUCAUCUAUCAUCUGGAGCUGGGCUUUUGCUUCGGCAACGCAGCAGUCAAUAGCACCACUCUUCGCACUCUUAUGCAUCAGCGUGACAUACAAGGGGUUGUUACAAAUGCACUAGUCGAAAAAUGCCAGGAGAAGCUUUACCGAUGCCCAAAUCGACAUUGCCGAAAUGAAUUUAUGAACCUGUUUGCUUUAUUCAGCCACCUUGAAAAUGAAGGUUGCUCCUUCAUGGGAUUCGAGAAGGCCAGGCUUUUUUUGUGCAAUGUGACCCAAGCAACUAGGGCAGUUGCUGUUGAUUGA